UCUGAGUAUAAGUGAUGCCUGCGCAAAGACGCGCCACUAUAUUGCUGCACCACCUCGACCAGAGACCUUCAUCCACCAGACAGCUCCAAGACUCUCUGCAACCAUGAGCGACAAGCCCACUCUCACCGAGGUCACCUCCUUCGACAAGACCAAGCUGAAGAAGACCGAGACGCAGGAGAAGAACCCCCUGCCCUCCAAAGAGACCAUCGAACAGGAGAAGGCGGCUGCGACGUCGUGAAGCCCCCCCCUCCAUGUCAUGCACUGUACACCCCCCACUCCUCCUCCACCACCUCCUCCUCCUCCCGCAUUGCCUUGUUUUCAGUCACACCUUCUUAGCCGUAUAACGUUGUAACCGAAAUUAUGAAAACGACAAACCGAGCCCCGCCCCCCCCAGCCGCCGCCGCACGUGGACGGAUGAUGCCUUUGCCAGGGCAGUCAGCGGCCGCCUCGGGGGGGCACCACCUCCGCCGCCUUGAGGAAGAGGAGAGGGGGGGCAGUAGUCUUCUUCUACACCACCUGAACCGAGAGAGACCCCCGGCGGCCCCCGAAAAACCACCAACAUCCAACUUCCUGUGUGGCUGCGUUUGCACCAAAGCUAAAGGUGUCGAGCUUUUUUAAAAAAACGUUUUUUCCUUUUUGUCGUUUUUCGUCUUCUAAUUUUCGGGAAAAAAAAAUGCACAACUUUAUUUGUACGCCGGCCAAAAUGUAAAUGCCCCCAAAAUUGAUACUGUUUUCUGUCACAGUGUUUGUUUCUUUUUUGUAUGUACACAAGGUUUAAAAAGAACGUGUGACUGAUUCCAUCGAGAUCUGGGAGACGCACACAUGGACCUUCUUCUUCACGGUUGCAUUGUAACAUGCUUCGGCCCUUUUCUUUCUCAGAGCUAUUGGGGAUAACUUAUCUGUCGUAACCUCUGCAAGAUAAAAAACCACCGGCGACUGAUUCCAUGCAUUCGCUUCGAGCCGUAGAUCAAAAGUCCCAGUCGUCAUGUUACUCUGCCACAAAACCCAUUGCCAGAAAAUGGAGAAACCGUGAAAUGUUGUAAUAAAAAGUUUGUUACUAAA